CUAAAAAACAAACAACUCCUCAAAGAGGAUUUGGUUGCUGGGAUUGCCAUUGCUGAAACUCUUUCAAUGUCUUGCUUCAAUAAGAUCAUUUUCCCAAAAGAGAAGCUUCCUGGGUCGGGUCGGAUUCUCGUUCUUCGUCCUUAGAGAUGAUAGAGUUCUUUGUUCAACAUGGUGUGUGGAUUCUUCAACACAGUGGGCGCUUACGAGGUUAGUUUCUUCUUGUCGUCUCCUUUGGUAAACGUUGAAGAAAGAGAUAAUGUGGAAUAUUGGCUUUAUUUUUCUUGUGGAUUCCAAUGUGCUAUUCUUUUGCUAGCGACUUUUAUUUUCCGAGUCAGACCUUUUGGACCAUUACUUUGGUUGUCUCUUCUUUCCAGGUUGUUAGAGAGACACAUCACCUAGCUGGUAGGUAGGAUCAUAUGACAUGAUUUUCUUGUGCAGCCAAAUAUCAUCACAUGUGAUGAACCAAAUUUGAACUGUCUGAGUCUGAGUUAUGAGGAGUGCAGAACUCAUCUUCAUCCCCACGCCUUUGGUUAGCCAUCUGGUUUCCAUUCUUGAAUUUGCAAGGCGUCUGAUUGAUCAAGAUGAUAGGAUUCGGAUCACCAUACUCUUGAUGAAGCUACAAGGUCAGGCUCCAUUGGAUCCUUAUGCUAGAUCAUUUGCUUCAUCGCUGCCCUGUGUCCAGCUCAUUGACGUGCCCGAGUUAGAGGAGGAACCUGGUCUUGUUACGCAAUCUGUGGAAGCACAUAUGUAUGCGGUUAUUGAGAAAAACAUACCUCUCGUGAGGAAUAUAAUUAUGGAUAUCUUAUCUUCUCGUCCAUCGGAUGGAAUUCAGGUCAAGGGAUUAGUUCUUGAUUUCUUCUGUCUCCCCAUGAUUGGCAUUGCAAGCGAGGUGAGUCUUCCUCCUUACGUGUUCCUAAGUGCGAAUGCCGGGUUCCUAACCUUGAUGCAGUAUCUUCCAGAACGUAAUAGGAAAGAUACCUCGGUGUUUGAGAGAAAUUCUGAAGAAUGGUUGCCCAUACAAGGCUUUGCCAACCCUGUUCCUUUGAAAGUGUUGCCUUCGGGGCUGUUUUGGCAAGAUGGUUAUGAUGUUUCUGUCAAACUAGGUGAGUUGUUCGCAAAGGCUGAGGGUGUUCUAGUGAAUACGUCAAUUGAUAUUGAGCCAUCCCCUAUGAAUCAUUUUCUUCAUGACCCGGGUUAUCCCUCUGUUUAUGCUAUUGGACCCAUCCUUGAUUUGAAGGCCCAUCCUCAUCCAGAUCUGGACCUUGUCCGUCGUGCAGAAGUGAUUGAAUGGCUUGACCGCCAACCCGAGGCUUCUGUUGUGUUCCUUUGCUUUGGUAGCCUGGGAAGAUUGUCAAGUCCUCUAGUGAAAGAAAUAGCACAAGGACUUGAGAAAUGCGGACACAGAUUCCUGUGGUCAUUCCGAACACAACAACCAACGAAUGGGGACCCUGAUAGUCUUCUUCCUGAGGGAUUCCUCGACAGUGUCAGCGGAAGAGGAAUGAUAUGCGGUUGGGCCCCACAGGUGGAAAUAUUGGCCCACAAGGCAAUUGGAGGUUUCGUCUCUCACUGUGGGUGGACUUCGAUACUUGAGAGCUUGUGGUUUGGUGUGCCAAUUGUGACUUGGCCUAUGUAUGCUGAGCAACAGCUAAAUGCCUUCAUGAUGGUGAAGGAACUGGGCCUUGCAGUGGAGUUGAGGCUGGAUUACAGGGUGCGUAGCGGUGAAAUUGUAAUGGCAAACGAGCUAGAGACCGCUAUUCGAUGUUUGAUGGAGAAGAGUAAUGUGGUGAGGGAGAAGGUGAAGGAGAUAUCAGCAUUGGCAAGGAAAGCUGUGAUGAAUGGUGGAUCUUCCUCUGUUGCAAUUGAAAAAUUCAUCCAGGACGUAGUAGGAAGCAGGUCUUAGCUUUUAUGAAUUGUGAUAAGCUUUAAUCAAUCUUUUCUUUCCAUCAUAUUGUGAAGCUAAGGUUAAUGAUAUCUUCCGUAUAACAUGCGGUGGAUUCCCGAAAGUCGAACCCUCUUCUUUGAAUGUCAUGCUAGACUUCUACUCUAUUUCAGUGAUUGCUUGAUAUUA